AUGUUCUCAUGCUACAGAGGUAACAACAAGAACAAAAGUACAAGAGAAGAAGAUGGUUUGUUUAUGAAGAAUGGAGGUGCAGUGUUAGAGCAAACCAUUCUUUUGUUUAAUGGAAAAUCAAAUCCACUUCGGUCAUACUCUUCCCAUGAACUGAACAUGGCAACUCAUAACUUCAAUCCCAGCCAGAUCAUACACGCCAGCUUGAACUACACACUCUACAAAGGAUCAGUAAUAGUUAAUGAUGAUGAUGAAGAAGAAAUUUCUGUGAAAAUGUUCUUUCCAAAAUUUAACAACGAACGACACUUGAAAAUGAUUGCAAAUGAAGUUGCAGUGGCAUCACAGAUGAGCAACCACAGAAAUGUGUUGAAGCUCUUGGGUUACUGCCUUGACUCAGAGGUGCCCAUGUUGGUUUAUGAGCUACCUUUUCAUGGCAAUCUCCUCCAUAUUUCUGAACUAGCCGGGCAGGCACCAUUUGAGAGAAAGUUAAAGAUUUGUAUUGGAAUAGCUAAUGCAAUUUCUUAUCUCCACCAUGGCCACUCAAAGACCUUUAUCAACAGAGAUAUUAGAAGGGGACAAGUGUUUUUAGACAAAGACUACAGUGCAAAGCUGUGUAGUUUUUAUGCUUCAAUUCCAAUUCCAGAAGGGGAAACUCAUGUUGAUGCUGACUUUUUUGGGACUAAAGGCUUUACUCCUCCUGAGGUAGCAAAGUACGGAAGAUACACUGAAAGAAGUGAUGUUUAUGACUUUGGGAUUUUGUUAUCUGAAUUAUUGACAGGAAAGACUUGGGGACAAAUACUUUGGGAUAUUACUGAUGGUUCUUCCAAUUAUGAUUGGAAUGGUAAAUUGAAACAUGAGUUGGAGACCAAUGCGUUGGUGGAAGAGGAAGAAGAAGAAAAUGAAGAAAUAAGAGGUCAAAUAAUGGAAUGUGCUAAGCUGGUUGAGAGGUAUGCCUACUGGUUUGAUGAUUGGAAACAUGAGUUGAAGGUCAAUACAUUGAGAGUUGAAGGAGAAGAAGUAAUAAAGGAAUGUGCCAAGCUAGUGGAAAGGUGUAUCAAAGAGAAUGUGGAUGGGAGAUCAGACAUGGUGGAAGUAGCUAAAGCUCGAAUCUUUAUCAAAACCAACAAAACCCUUUAG